CUUCAUCACUUUCGUCCCUUGAAAACCUCCAAACAUUGUGUUUAGACGGUGAGGUACAGAAUGCAAUCAUAAUUGGAGAACUGAAGAAUUUGAAAGCUCUUAGCCUUUCAUUGCCCGGUACUGAACGGUUACCAAAAGAGAUAGGGCAGCUGACUCACCUUCAGUUACUAGAUUUGAGAGGAUGUUCCAAACUUAAAUUUAUUCCACCCAAUGUGUUAUUUAAUCUGAAGACGUUAGAAGAAUUAUAUUUGCCAGAUAAUGUUGAUUGGGAGGUGGAAGCACAAAGCAGUGAAAGCACAGAAAAAAUUAAUGCAAUGGUCUCAGAGUUGGACCAUUUGACUCACUUGACCAAGUUACAUAUAUGUAUUAAGAAUGCAAAGAUUCUUCCAAAAGCCAAGCUUUUUGAAAGGUUGGAAAGCUAUAGAGUGGCCAUAGGCAGUGCUUUGUUCUGGAAUGAAACUUCAGAAACUUCACGAAUUUUAAAGCUCAAUAUAAUCUUGGAAUCGGACUAUGGGUAUAAAGUAUUAUUGAGGAAAUGUGAAUCUCUCUUUUUGGGUAAAAUGAAGGGUGUUAAAAAUUAUCUAUAUGAAUUAGAUUUGGAAGGUUUUCCAUGUUUGAAGCAUCUCAAGGUCGAGAACAAUGAUGAGAUUCAGUAUAUUAUCAAGUCUAUGGGAGUUCGAGGUACUGUCUUUCCUAUCUUGGAGUCAAUUAAACUACAGUAUGUGAACAAUUUGGAACGAAUAAGCUACAUGCGAACAACGGAGUCUUUUUGUAACUUGAGAGUGGUAAAAGUGAGCAACUGUUGUCAGUUGGAAUUUGUCUUCUCCUCAUCUAUGGUUGGAUGCUUUUCACACCUGCAGGAAAUGAAUGUAGAAGAUUGCGAGAUAAUGAGUGCAAUAGUUGCGAUAGAAAGAGAAGAAGAAAUUGAGGUCAAUAGUGACGACAACAUUAUGUUUGCAAAUCUCCAAUCUCUGAGAUUAAGGAAUUUAUUAAAGUUAAAGGGCUUCCUUUCUGUUGUUGAUUCUCUUGUACUUUUCAAUGGGAAGGUUGUCUUUCCAAACUUGGAGGAAUUGGAAAUAAAGUGUAUGGAUAGCAUGAAGAUGAUUUGGCCCGACCAACUCAUUUUAGAUUCCUUUUGCAAACUGGAAAAUUUGACUGUUUCAAAUUUCACCAAUCUUACAAAUAUUCUUCCACCCAAUAUGCUGAGAACCCUCCAGAAUCUAAAACAUUUGAAGAUAGAUAGUUGUGGCUCCAUAGAAGAGGUAUUUGAGAUCCAACGGAUAAACAAUGUUGAGGAAACACAUGAUAUAGCAGCCACUGAAUCCUUAAAAUUAAUAAAUCUAGGAAAAUUGAAGCACGUGUGGAGUAUGGAUCCUCAAGGAAUAAUCACCUUUGCGAAAUUACGUAAAAUAGAAAUUAGGGGUUGUUCCAGUCUAAAAAUUAUUUUUCCAACAUCUGUGGCAAAGGCUCUAUGCAACUUGAGGAGCUAG